AUGUUGGACAAUUUGAAAUGGGAUGGUAACGAGGCGACAAUAAUUGACUGGAAGAUACCUGGUAUGGUUGAUCCUUUUGAGAACAUAACUGAAACUUUGGAUGAGCUGAUCGGGGAAUUUGACCCGUACUAUUAUUCAAAAGUCUUUUCAGAACGAAGACGAAACGCAGAUCAAGUAGUUGAGGUAGUUCCGUGUUCUUCGUUCAAACCGUCAGAAAAAUUGAAGAUGGAUGAACAAAAAUUGAAGAAAAGAAUAACAGAACAAAUCCCAAAUAAAGAAGAAGUCUCUUCAGGGAUUAUUUCGCUAAAGAAAGUUAAAUUCGAUGUAGAAAAGUUUGCUGCUGAUGAGUGCGAUGAUGCAGUAGAACGCAGUAAGGCUAGAGCUCGUUUAGCCAUCAAACUAGGAGCACGGCCGGCUAAAAAUGAUUACAUUAACUAUAGGCAGCUCAAGGAAGAAAUGAAAACAAUAAAAAAUUCCAAAGAGGACUUUGAUAAACUAGCUCCUUUGUUAGCGUUGAAGAAAGUCACAUGUGGAAGGAGGGAAGCAAGUCGCCUGAAAACAGACGUAAUGGAGAAAGAUCAAGGUCGUAAAAGUGAUGAUGUUGUAGAAAGAAGUAAUGAAGGUUCUCGUUCCAGGUCGAGAUCAGAAAAAUCCAGAUCUCGUUCUCGUUAUCGAAGACAUUCGAGUUCGCGUUCUCGUAGUCGAUCGAGAAGUCGUUCGAGAUCGAGUGAUCGUUCUCGUUCUCCGCGAUAUCGACGCGACAGUUAUGAAGAACGUAGAUAUGCGUAUUCACGACGUGAUGAACCUGAACCAUCGCGAUGUCUCGGUGUUUUUGGCCUGUCUUUGUAUACAACGGAACGUGAUUUAAAAGAUUUAUUUUUGCAAUAUGGAGAUUUGGAGAAUGUUCAACUUGUUUUCGAUCAUCCAACAGGACGGUCACGUGGUUUCGGUUUUGUAUACUUUAAAAAAAUUGAAGAUGCUAUGGAAGCUAAAGAGCGAGUGGCUGGGACAGAAAUUGAUGGUCACAAAAUUCGCAUUGACUACUCAAUAACAAAACGACCCCAUACUCCAACGCCUGGCAUUUACAUGGGUGCUAUAGACUCUCGUCGACGCGGUCUGCCUCCCCGUUCAUAUCGUCGUAGUCCAUCUCCAUAUCGCAGUUACAGGCGAUAUCGUGAUAGUCCGCCAAGCAGAUAUUAUGGGAGAAAUUACGACUACGAUGAUUAUGACCGUUAUUCCCCACCAUAUCGAGAUCGUUACAGACGCACUUCAUCACCGCGCUACUAUGAUGACCGUCAUCGAAGGCGUUCGCGAUCAUACGACCGUGACAGGGAUUAUUACUAA